AUGGCGUUUGCUGCUGUGUUAUACCGCGCAGAUGGACGUGAGGGACAAUACAAGCUUGCUAACAGAGACCGGCAGAUUGGGCUUAUCGUUGAUGAGCGUUUUGUGGCUGGACUUCGAGGCGGUUGUGCGCAUGAUCGGGAUCUCGAAAUUCGACUCGUCGACACGGUAAAACACAGGCACAACAGCGGUACUGGUACUCCAUCGUCUCGGGGAAGGGCUGAUACCAAAGGGGCGGUAACGGUCGACUUUUCGGGCGCCAAGUGGACGAAGGGUACGCGGUUCGUGAUCGUGGAGGACAAGGUGUUCGGCGGUCGGUUCUAA